AUGGAGUCCUCAUUCGACUACAUCAUCGCAGGCGGAGGCACUGCUGGUGUCGUGAUCGCUUCUCGUCUAAAAGAAUACCUACCUAACUCCAGCAUUGCGUUACUCGAAGCAGGUCCAAACGCAGUGGACGAUCCCGCUAUCGACAAUGUCUCGGACCCACUCAACUGGAUGCCGCUGUUCCAGAAAGGCUUCCUUAUAGACUACUCAACCACACCACAAGAGCAUCUGGGUGGCAGAAAUAUCAUGAAUGCUGCGGGCCGUUUGUUGUCAGCAGCAAGUGGUGUCAACAUUGGGUUAUGGAUGCGAGCCUCUGCUGCUGAUCUAGACGUCAUAGCUGAAAGAGCGGGAAAUGCGAGGUUCACAUAUAGCAGUAUGGAAAAGUACUACAAGCGCAUAGAAACACAUUUCAAUGCGACAGCAGACAAGGAGCACUAUGGCUUCGAGGGCAAGAUUCAUACUGUAGGUGGAAGAAAGUAUCCAAUCCGAAAUCUUCUCCAAGAGAGUGCGGAGAACCUGGGCCACAAGUACAAUUCAACCAGGGGAGACCCGACGGGUCUGGGAGAUAUCACCAAGUGCUGGCGUGCUACUUCCGAGUCCACCGCAACACGACAACAUAGUGCCAAAGUAUACGACCUAAGCGGCGUUGAAGUCUUUUGCGAUACAUUCGCAGCUCGCGUUCUUCUCAAUGAUUCAAAGCGAGCCAUUGGAGUGGAACUUACCUCUGGUAAACGCAUCAUGGCGAACAAGGAAGUCAUACUUUCAUGCAGGACCCAAGUCUCACCAAAGAUCCUGAUGCUAUCCGGUAUUGGACCCGCCGACGAACUGGCCAAACACAACAUACCCCAAACCGUCGAUUCACCCGCAGUAGGCCAGAAUCCCUGCGACCACAACGCCAUGACAAUGUACUUCAAGCUCAAAGACGCCUCAAAAGGCUAUGCGCGCCCAUUCAAUGGGUAUGCGGAACCAGCAUAUGGCCAGGGUCUCCCCUUUUACUUUUGCUUGUUCGCGAAUAUUCCCGAUACAGAGCUUUCUCCACACCUCAAGAACGAUGGCAUUCGCAUUGAUGAACCGCAAGAGGAGGACUUGCUACUGCGACCGAAUCGAUGCCACUACCUUAAUUUGGCAGUUUACUACCCUUUUCUUGUUGAUCCGGCCAUUUCCCCCACGGUCAAAGAAGUCGGCGCUCACAUUUCUCUAUGUGCACUUCCUAUGCUUCCAUUAUCUCGCGGUAGUGUAACGCUGAACCCUGCGGAUCCUAACGAUAAACCUGUGUGCAAUCCGCGUUUUCUCUCUACUAACACCGAUCGGUUUAUUCUGCGUCGCGCUGUGCGUGGGAACUUGCGCUUGGUGGAAACAGGACCGCUAGCUGCGGAGAUUGAGGGCGAAAUUCCGCCUGCGGGUGCACAGUUUCCCGCGUUGACGACAAAGAGUAGCGAUGAGGAGAUUGAUGCGCGUAUCACGCAGUUUGCAAGUACAAUUUAUCAUCCCGUGGGUACAUAUACGUUGGGAACGGUGUUGGACGAUGCGUUCAGAGUUAAAGGAGUGGGGGGACUGAGGGUUUGCGAUGCUAGUGUUCUCCCGGAACCAAUUGCUGCUAUGCCUUCCUGCACUAUUUAUGCGUUGGCGGAGAUGUGUGCUGAUCUCGUUGCUAGGAAGGCCUGAAUCUUCGGUAAGAGAUGGAAGGA